UUCAGUACCCUUCUUCUUCUUCUUCUUUUUUUUUUCCUCACAAGUACUCAUUUUUCUCCAGAUCUCGGCGAUUUUCUUUUCGCUUCUCGAAACUCCGGGAACAUCUCAAUGUGAAUGCUUGUUUCGAUUUGAAUUUGAUUGUUUGUCUAAGACUCAGAUCGUGGGUUUAUAUUGAUCUGCGAUCGACGAAUCGAAGCGCGAAAAUUUUUGCUCGGAAGCAAAUUAUCGAAGAGCGAGCGAAGUUCAUAGAUUCAUCGGGAGAGAAAGAGGAUGGAUAGUUUCAGCGCGGAGGAUCUGUCGACGAUCGGUGGAAUCGCCACUGUUUCUCUUCUGCAUUCGUUUAUUCCGACGCACUGGUUGCCGUUCUCCAUUGUCGGACGUGCCCAGAAAUGGACGCUUUCUCGAACUCUCUUCGUCACUGCAUUUGGGGCAGUCCUGCAUGUCAUAUCGACUUCGCUUCUUGGUAUAACAGCAAUCACUAUUUCAAACACCAUUGCUGGUGAAGAGACAGUCCACAAACUUGCUUCGCUUUUGCUUGUGAUUCUUGGCGGAUGCUACAUCAUGCUGUUUUUAUCUGGAAAGGGUGGUCACUCUCAUUCUCACAACCAGCCUAUGGAGAAAAUGGCUGUUGCUGGGCUUGUCCUCGUUCCUGCCCUAUCUCCUUGUGCAACGACCCUUCCGGUUUUCCUUGCUGUUGGAAACUCAAAGCCGAUGAUGAUUCUUGCCAUCCUAGUUCUUCUAAUCAGCACAAUAACCGUGAUGACAUCUCUGGUGGCUCUAUCGUUCUACGGGGCCAGCCAGCUGAAAUUCCACUGGGUGGAACGGUACGACAAACUCCUCCUGGGCUCGGUCCUCUGCCUCGUAGGUAUCCUAACUCUCCUUUUCCAUGAUCACCAUGGUCAUGACGAAGGUCAUCAUCAUCAUCAUCACAUUAGAAAAAUCAUCUCUCUCUAAAAAAAAAGAUCUCUGUGAAAUCCGUAAAAAGUUCCGUUGGAGGAGGAGGUGUCGUUAGAUAGUAGCUGAAGAAAGGUACAAACUUUCUAUAUGUAAAACCAUGUUUUUUCUUUGCAUUUGGUAUCUGCUUCGUACAUGCAACCAUCUUGUUAUAAUCUUUUGUGUUCUGUUUUUUUUUUUAGUUGAAGAAAGCGUUUGAUGGUGAUUGCAUU